UUGGCGCACGCAGCUUUAUAACAUCCGAAGACCAGUGUUCGAAGACAGCUGUGAGUGCAUGCAUGAACAAUGUGCACAAAAGAACCAGUGACAUCGGAUUUUGCGAGCAAGCGACAGCAGCCCUGGACUGUUUCUCUGAACUUCUGCGCAUGUGCUAUACCAGAAAUGACCCGGGCUUUUUGGAGGCCUUAGGCAUGUACGACAUCACUGGACUUUUCCAGAAGAUGACGGCUCUUU